UCGCAGAAUUUAACCCCUCUUGCUUGGCCCUUCCAUCUUCUGGAAUGUGUGGAAGGGGGGUGCAUUUUGGGCCAUUCUUCAUGUGUGGCUAUUGUAAUAUGGGUGCGAAUUAGGAGUCUGUUGGGAUCCUGACUACUUGGGUACAGAGGGUGCGGGUUGGGGUGGAGGGGCGGGCCGAGGAGGAGGAGGGAUAGAUCAUCUCAGCAUUGCAUACCUUUGGGAAAUGUAGAAAGACAAGGUUGUCUGUGGAGGUUUGAUUGCCACAGUGGGAGAGCACAAGGGGUUGCGGGUUGGGUAAGAGGGCUAAUCUCGUCAUUGUGUACCUUUGGGAGAAGUCGGGAAACAAGGCGUGAGUGAAAAACCUCCUGAUGAGUUUUGGUGGAACUCCGACGACGAAACUGUUUGUCGCAGCCCCUUGCUUGCUCGCUCUCCUCUCCUCCCUCUCUGCCUAUGCUUUGCCAGGCGAACUCUGUUUUUGACGAUGUGUCAUGGCUAUGGUCACGCGGCAGAUUGCUGCAGGUUGUCUUGGGAGGUUUGGUUGUUAGUACAGUGCAGAACAGGUGCUUGCAGCUUGUUUUGGUGUCUUUUCUGCAGUAUGCAUGCUCUCUGGGUGCAUUCAGCAGACAUGCUGGUCAUGAUGCCACUCAUUCUCUCCGCCGACUAGGCGAGGCUACGGUGCCUCGCAUUGUUGGGCCUAGUUGCAUCUUUAUUGUAGUUUCAAAGACACCUUGUGAGGAAGGACGAUGUGGCCGACACCUUUCUUGAACCGACAAGGCCUUCAGGAACCUGCUCGAGCAGUCUUAUCUUUGAUGUUGCUUAUUCACAAAAGAUGAUGUCACCGGCCUUUGGCAUUGGAAUUGCUUUUGCUUGUCCCCUUCAGAGGGCACCAUACUCACCAGGAGUGUGGGGACUGAAACCACUGUCAGAAAGUUUUUAAGUAUGAAUCUGCAGUUUGUCAUAUUCACGCUCGCUGUUUGUUGACGCAUGUGGAGAGAAUGCAUUUGUGGAAGACUUUCACAGUUUAGUUUUCCAGCUCUGCUGCCAAGAGCCUGGAUGGUCGUAACUUGGUCAGAUAUCGGGUUCUCGACUGCGCGCUUAGAAGGACUGAUGAGCAAUUUUGUUUUUUUGACAGCUGCAGGUCUCGCGAGCUAGCCUAGAAAUCACAAUGUUGUGAUUGAUGCAUGGGAGUAGAACUGCCAGCAGGCGGACUGGCAGUUACACAGCUCGCUCCCUCAGCUCCUCUUUCAUUGGUUGAAUCACAACUACCCCCGAGCCUAUUUUUGCCCACGUGGAUUUCCCCGGUGCGUCCAGAAGUUAACCACCACCGAGGGUCAGCGUCUUCCUUGACAUUUGGCUGGUACUGCCAGCCGUUUGGGUCUAGUACCUGUUCAUCCGAAGAACGUGGUUGUGGUUGUGGUUGUGCACAGACGAGUCGGCCUCCGUCUCCGCUGCCUGAGAACGGUAGUGUGUGUUUUGUAAGGUACAUCAACAACAAAAGGGGCGAGAGGAGUGCUUUGUGCAAAAGCCUGUGAGCAGCGGAGGCCAGUGUGUGUGUUUGAGAUUUGAUUGUCGUUGUAGACGGCAGCAGCAGCAGCAGCAGCAGCAGGUACUUCAUGGGGGUUUACUUGAGAGUAUGCAAAAUUGCAAAUACAAUACAAGAAAGACGUUGUGCAAACAAGAACGAAGUGUUUGUUCCCACACUCUGUUCAUUCAGGACGCAUCUGAACAGAGAAUGUGGUAGAAGACAGACGUCACUAAGGUGUCUUUGGAUCAUGCUCUUGGACCCUCCCCUCCCCUCCCCUCCAUCAAUCAAUCACCUAAGUUGUC